CGUACGAGCUGACGACGUGGCUGCGCUGCGUCUUGACACAGUGUUUUAACCGACCGGGCCGAUUCAAAUUAGGCAAACCGGCUUUGUUCAGAGGAAUCCUUCAUUAGAACUACACUUUAAGAGAAGUCUCUGGAAAACGUUUACUUGACUAGUGGCUUAAAAAAUGUCUGGGAAAAUUAAGAGUCGAAGUGCCGCAAACUCAGAUUCGAUUUCUGGCGGUGUUUCCUGCGAUGAGCGCAUCUUGAGGGAUUGUCACCAGCUCUACACCGACCCUGACAGUGGGUUGAUCACAGUGGCAGAGUCUCUUGGUUUGAAGCUGUUGGCGCCCAGGAAAAAGAUCACUGUGAUGCUGAUGGGAAACCACUCUGCUGGGAAAAGCUCUUUCAUCAACUGGUAUGUGGAGGAGCACAUCCAACGCACUGGAGUGGCCAUUGAGACCCAGGGAUUCAGCUUUGUCACCAGUGGGCGGAAGAGAGAAUCUCUCACAGGAAAUGCCACUCUUCACCUGUAUCCACACUUCAAACCCCUACAACAGUUCAGAGGUGUGUCAGAGUACCUGAGCACAGAGAUUUGCACGUCCAGGCAGAAACGCUUCAGCCUUGUAACCUUCGCAGAUUCACCAGGUUUGGUGGAUGGUGACAUGAAGUAUCCAUUUGAUGUAGAUGAAGUUAUCCUCUGGCUGGGUGAUCUCUGUGACCUGAUCCUGGUCUUCUUUGACCCCAUGGGCCAGGCUCUGUGCAAACGCACCCUGAACAUUGUUGAGUGUCUGAAUGAGAAACAUGGGGAAAAGCUCCGUUUUUACCUCAGUAAGGCUGAUGAAGCUGGAGGAGAGUCGGACAGACAGAGAGUGAUGAUGCAGAUUGUCCAGGAGCUCUGCAAGAGGCCGGGACUCAACAAAUGUGGUUUUGACAUGCCCACUAUCUACAUCCCCAAUCCUAACAAGCCAAGUCGUUGUGUCAACCAAAUUGAGGAAGUGUGUCGUACCAUUGAAAAAACCAUUAACCAGACCGUUCAGAACACCCUCAACUCUCUGGAGAAAGACUGUGAGCUCAUCGGCGAGGCCAUAACGGAUACACUCAAAAAUGACAGACAGGUCACUUCUCAGAACCGACGAGCUCGCUGUAAGAGCUGUUUCCUGACACUCCUGGGCUUCAGCGUUCCCAUGGUAAUCAUGGCUCUACUGUUACUGGGAGUUCUAUCCAAAGAUCUGCUGAACAUGGCUUUGGGGCCCCAGGGUACAGAGGUACUCUCAUUAUACUUGGUUCCCAUAGCCAGAAUACUAGACUCCUUCUCUGUGGAGCAGCAGCUUUAUCUCGGUGGUGGACUCGUCCUUCUCUCCUUCCUGCUGCUCAUCAUUGCACGCUUUGCCUUUAGGACCAAACCUACGUUGUCGGGCAAACAGAAGAGGCAGCUACAGGAGAAGCUGGACUAUGUUCAGGAGGUAGUCAAGAGCAAAAAGAAAAAGCUCUAUGAGGAAUACCUCCGUCAGAGUGUCAGCGAUCAGGACAUGGAUUUGUAAAGAAGAUGAAAGGUUCGCUGCAGAAAUCUCAUGAUGAUCAGCAGACAAUGAUGAUGUGUAAUGUUGACCUUGUGUGCCAUUAAAUGGAAAACACGGUUGGUACAAAUUCUGAUGCUUUCGACACUGUAAAACCCGAAUGGGUCAAAACCAUUAAAUCAUCUUAGCUUUGUACAAACUGUGGAACAACUCUCACUGCAGUGUUUGGCCUGAUGCCACAUAAACUCCUGUUAUUGAUGAAUUAUCCUGUGACUAUUACAAGAAAACCACUUUCAUUUUUAUUUAAAUGAUUGCAAACUAUUUAUAGCAUCACUUUAUUGUAGAAUACUGUGUUUUGUGUGCCCUUAAGUGACUCGUAGCACUGGUUAAAGGAAGUCACUUUGUACGUUAGUCAUGGAGUUACUGCUUUGAAAGAAUCUCACCAGCAUUUUAACAGUUCUAGUGUUUUUCUGCUUUGUGUCAUGAAUUUAGUAUCAAGAUACAGAUUUACAUCAUGAUGGUCUGUGUAAUAAUGCAUAGAAUUCUCUGCACAAUUCCUGUCACUACAAUGGUAUCUUUUUUAUCAGUGACUAACUCAACUUUGAACUUUUUCUGUCCUGUUUUGUACGACUUUUAAUUACAAUAGAAUAAUAAAAAUACAUUUAUAUUAA